AUGACUGCCGCUGAAGUCCAAUCAGGUUCAAAUGAUAUUGAAGCUCAAUCUGAUGCUGAAUACAUCCCACCAUAUCAACCAAGAUCAAAAAUCUUGGGUUUAAAUGAUACUUUGAGAAACCAUUUUAUUGCCGUUGUUGGUGAAUUCUGUGGUACCUUUUUAUUCUUGUGGUCAGCUUUUAUGAUUGCUCAAAUUGCCAACCAAGACACAUCAGUUAAACAAGAUGGUUCUCAUCCACCUCAAUUAAUUAUGAUUUCUUUAGGUUUUGGUGUUUCUGUUGCUGUUGGUGUUUUCAUUUUCUUUAGAGUUUCAGGUGGUAACUUGAAUCCAGCUGUUACUUUGACUUUGAUUUUAGCUAGAGCUGUUCCUCCAAUUAGAGGUGCUUUAAUGAUGAUUGCCCAAAUGGUUGCUGGUAUGGCUGCUGCUGGUGCUGCUUCUGCCAUGACUCCUGGUGAAAUUGCAUUUGCAAACUCUUUAGGUGGUGGUUGUUCAAGAUCAAGAGGUGUCUUUAUUGAAGCUUUUGGUACUGCUAUUUUAUGUUUAACUGUUUUAUUUUUGGCUGUUGAAAAACACAGAGCUACCUAUAUUGCUCCAUUAGCUAUUGGUUUAGCUUUAUUCAUUGGACAUUUGAUUUGUGUCUACUACACUGGUGCUGGUUUAAACCCAGCUAGAUCAUUUGGUCCAGCUGUUGCUUCAAGAUCCUUCCCUAACUAUCACUGGAUCUACUGGAUUGGUCCAAUUUUGGGUUCUUUCAUCUCAUUUGGUGUUUGGCAAUUAUUGAAAUUUUUGGAUUACGAAACUGCUAACCCAGGUCAAGAUUCAGAUCAUUAG